AUGGCGUAUUUAGGCGAGGCUGACCCGUUUGACUCCCUUUUGGAGGAUGGGAAGCCGCCGCAUCCGAUCCACACCGCCGCGCUGCCGUCGGAGGGCAAGGCAAAGGUGUUGGCGCACAACCCCUUUACCAGUAUGGGAGGCGGUAGAAGCAGUAACGUUAGCGUUAGUGGCAGCUCUAUCAGUGCGAUGGGGACACGACAGACGUUUGCCGCACCAUCGACAACGACGACGACGCAGCAGCAGCAGCAGAAGCAGUGCUCCACUGCAGCCUUAGCAACGAUGGGUACUCGAGGAUUCGGUGUCGAGCAUUCGCAGAGCGUUCCAGCCGCAUCACCGCAACCGAAACAGGAGCAGCAAGAAGAACAGCACCAGCAGCAACAAAUACGUGAUCCACUAGGCUUGACCCCGAAACAGAGGCCACUGCUGGUUUCACAAGGAACAGUGGAGCGUGCUGGGGCGGCGCCUGUGUCCCAGGGUACGCCGAGGCCAGCCGCGUCUUCUUCUGCAGGUGCCGUGACAGGCUUUUCCUGUCCCCGUGCCACCGCUACCGCCACGACGCGCCGAGGUCCUUCGGUGACUAGUAUAAGUUCAAACCCCUCAACUACAGACGCGAACCAUAGUAUUACCAGCACCAGGAGGUCGUCAUACUUCGGUCAUCUGCUAAAAAAGGAACCCCCCGAAUUCUUGAAGCCAUCGCCAGGCUCACAGGCGCGGCAACGCUCAUCCACUGGGAGAAACUGCUCGCACAGCCCACUCCAUGGAUUGCGCUCAACGCCCCACGCCAACGGCGGCUCGCAUAUUGGUUCGCACCCCCGCUCAGGCAGCACAGGCACGAACACUGACGAGCAGCAGCGGCAGCAAAAUCAGUGUUUCCCAGUGCCACACGCGGCGCCUCGGUCACCAACGCCGAAGGAACGAAGGUGCGAUGCGUCUAUUCUUUCCGUGACCUCGGCGCAUGCUGAGAAGCACAACAUCAAUCACGACGAUAUCAAUAUACAUGUCACCAACAACGCCCCCAUUCAUGUCCCCUCCGCAAGCCAUGCUGCACUGCCGCGGCUUCUCCAGACGCAGGCGCCACCGGUGUCUCUGUCUCACACUCGGGACGUUGGAGUGUCUGAAACACUGCUUCCUUCAGAAUCUUUUGCGGCGAAUGCCACAGAGACAUCCUGCCAGAGCAGCUUUGUGGAUGAGCGGCGACUUCCAAUACAGCACAGUGAGCUUGGGAAUGCGUUGACUUGUGGGGCAUCAAUGCCCCGCUUCGGUGCAACGAUGGAGCCGUUUGCGGAUUCAGAGUCCUUGGAGGCUUCCGCGUCGCUCUUGCCCGUGGAAGCUGACGAGCCAGCAGAGGUUUUAAAGGAUGUGAAAGAUGCAAGCUGGCCACCGCCGCCACGAAGGGGUACUCUUCUGCCAGAGGAGUUUCGCCGAGCUGAUAUUGGCCCCAGCCACGAAAAGUUCAUGCUUGGCGAGCAAAAACAACUAAUGCCACCACCACCGCCACCAUCCCAGCAGCACCAAAGCCAACAGCUACACCAUCCACUGCCUUCACCGGCAUUUGCGUCGCUGCCUAAGAGUAUGGAAGGAGUUACGAUGAGAUUGCCAUUGAGUGCGCCAUCUCCGUUGUCACGCACGGAGCUUCACACACCACGAAAUGGUGGUAUGAACUUGCAGCAGUACAGCUCUCUGCAGCGAGUCGUGCCAUUGACUCAGUUGGCAGAAGAUUCUCCGGCACCAUUCCCCCCGUCUCGUCAGGGAUCUCAGGAAGUCCACUUUGGGGGUGACGUGACAACUCCGAUGGCUACUGCAGAAUCGGUCAUGUCCAGCCCAAAUCCCACAGCGGACACACAGGCAGGAAAGGAGGCGGAAACGGAGGUCACCCCGAAUACUCCGGCGUUUGGUGAAGGGCCUGUCCCAGAGGGCAAGCCUGACGUGUCGCAAGAGGAACAAGUUAAGGAUAGGUUGUGUAAAGGCACAGCAGAGGCGCCGGCAUUUUUGGGUGCGGCGGACAACACAUUCUCAAUACCACCGUCACCACUACCGUCGCCGCGACCACCACUGCCAAGAGUGGCAACGGAUGAGCCGAAUGCCGAUUUCAAGGAAGAGACUGACGCUGUUCUCGGUGCUGGCACUGCGGUGCCGCAGCCGCCACAGUUGGCAUCGACAAAAGAGCAACCACAACAGCAGCAGAAACAGCAUACCACUAGAAUGCCUUGUUUCGCCUUGUUCACAUCCAGUGGUCACGUCGUCACGAUCUCCAACAUGCCUCGGCAAGACGCUUCCCCAAUCUUGAGGUCGUAUCACCUUGCAGACAUGCUCUCUGGGCGUUUUAAGAGCGUGACGUCUGCCAAAAGUGCUGAAGAACACGUGAAAACGUUGCAGGUUAUAAGUGCCUCUCCUCUUGUUUCUGGCAAUGAAAGUGACGUGUCACUAACGAGCCUUGAGGAUAUUGUGCGGCGACUCCCAGGCGUGUCUCCACUGUUGCAGGAGAUUUUGGCCUUUAUGAUGCGUGAUCCGCUGCCUGAGUGGCGUACUGAGGGACACAAGGCUCUUAUUAAGAUGGUAUCCGAGGCGGCCGAGGAAGUGCAAACCGCAUAUAAGGACUCCCACUACCCUCUGGGCUCAGAGCCGGCGCAGAAUUCUGCUAAGGGACUGUACAAAGUCCAACAGCUGUUGUGUACGGGAGAGCGCGAAAAAGCGGUGGAGACGGCACUGACGUACCGUCUCUAUUCGCACGCUAUCAUCAUAGCAAUGAUGUGCCCCAAGAAGGAACAUUACAUGAACGUUAUUCGUGCAGUGGUGCAACAGGAAUUGGAUCCCCUCUCUCCGUUGGCACACGCCUACUGUAUUUUCAACGAAAUGCCGCUUCCACCCUUUGCGCCGCCGCCUACGCUGCCUAGUGAUCCCCCAAAAAAGAACAACAGCUGCCCACUUCCGAUAUUGUGGCUUCAACAUGCAGCCAUCCUUUUGUCGAAUUUCACUAAGAAGAGCGCCGAGGGACUCAUCCAACUUGGUGACGCUUUAGCGAACGAAGGGAUGAUUGACGAAGCGCAUUGCUGCUUUUUGUUGGCGCACCUCAGCCCUAUGGGGACACCCCCACCAGGUCGCCCGCUCCAGCCACAACAGCAGCACGUUAUGGAUCUUAUUCGUGCGCGAUUGGGGAUUCUGGGUGGGCGCUACCACCCGCAGCGUUCCCGCAUCGCUUUUGUAUCGCCCAAGUCGACACAUCUGACAGAUGUCCUCCAUUGCAUUCGGUGCCACCUGGAGAGUCGUACGCACAUAUCAUUGGGGGAGGAGUGUAACAAACAGCCCGUGGUAAGCGGGCUGCCUGUGUGCCCAGAUAGAUACAGGGCGGCUUUCCGGUACAUGCAGCUGUUGUGGCUGCAAGAGGUGGGACUACAUGAGGAGGCGAUGCCUCUCAUUGCUGCACUUCGUCGGGUCGUGCCGCCGGCGUCAGCAACAGUUCCUCAGUUCACACUGAAUCGUCUCAUUGGAUACGGGUCCACUGCCCCCGUCACGUGCGAUGGAUUGAAGCAGAUCCCAUUGUCACACGUGGUGCAGCCGUCGCCGAGCCUAGCGGUGAAUCAGCGAACACCGCCGGUGCCGUCAUUAACAUCUGUAAUAGGGGCGUCACACGUACCGCCUGGCGACGACCGGACAACACACCCAACACACGUGCAGCCGUCAAAGCAGUCCAUGUGGACGCCGCAGACGGGUGCGCCACCGAUGCCCGGCCCACCGAAGAUGGGUGCGCCACCGAUGCCCGGCCCACCGAAGAUGGGUGCGCCACCGUUGCCCGGCCCACCGAAGCUUCCGCAGCGCGCAGUAAGUGAGGCAUCUUCUCUGAAGGGCCCCAAUCUUUCUCCACCACCUGGUCUGGCGCAGCCAAAGCAGCUGCCUGCCGUACCCAAUCCCGCGUUCCCUUCACCAAUGUCGAACAGUGAACAUGACAUCAAUGAUGCUACAAAAGCUGUGGAGGACAAGCAAGAGUCUUCUACAACUUCACACAAUUCGUCGUCGGGACAUCUGCACACGCGGGGCCGCGCAGCGGAAUCAAAACAGCAGCAACCGCAGCCAGCGCGUCGCUCUCGAUCACUGGAGGCCAUCACCAGUUUCCUGUUUCGUCGUGGCCGCAGCCAAGACACAAAGAAGGACGAAGCGAAGACGAUGAUCAUCGAUACCGAAAAACCCCCAAAGUUUGACCCCGUAACAGGUCGGUACCUAUUCGAGGAGACGGAAGAGGAGAAAAAGGCGGCGGAUUUAGUUAAGGCAGGGCCGCCAAAGCCAUCGUCCAUGGCGGCAAAGGGUCCCGCUGCAGCUGGCGUGUCGACGCCAUCGAUGCUGCGCCCGCCCGUUGGUGCCACUGGUGGACCGACGCUGGUGGGCGGCAAGAGUCUCCCACGGGCGCAGUACGUGGACAUGUUCAACAGCACCUGA